AUGGUGCCCUCAAUCACAACUCUUGAACAUGGCUCUUCUAUUAUACCCAUCAAUACCUGGAGGCUAUCCAAGAAAGCUCCCCCUCCGAUCCCGCAAGCAUUCGUCGAUCUUCCACUUACUCUCUCCGAGUCUCAUAUUCUUGAGGCUGCAAACUCCCAAUACUUGGAAUACUUGGAUCCGGAAUUGACCGAGGGUCUUGACAUUGAGUCCGUUCUCGUUGUUUGCUGGUUACUUGUGGUACAUGGGUUCUCUCCUGUGAGAACUAUGUACCUGGAGUUCCACCCUUCAUCAAAUCUGUGCUACAUAGAUGGCAAAUCUCAAGGGAUCGAUUCAUACGCUCUUGAAUUUUCCUCGGAGCGUCCAUUGAAGGAUAUUGUUCGGGAUUUCUGUCGUAUCAAAGCAGGCAUCAGCCCAACUGACCCUGACGAGGGGUGGACUUCUGAUGAGAGGAAUCACCUCACCUCGGCUGUCCGCUACGCUGGUGACGGUCCAAAGUUGCAAAAGGCACCAGUUUCGUCCAAUUCAAAUAUCCCGAAUCCAAAGCUGAUGCUCAAUGUGACAAAUGAGAACGGAAAGCUGCACGCGAGUCUUGCCUUCUCGUCGCCUGAGAUGUCCAAAGAAUUCGCAACGAGCCUUCUUCACUCCUUGAACAAGGUUGUCGCAUCCAUAUACCGCUCCCCGGAAUCCUCCUUGGGUGACCUUGACUUAUGUUCUGAUCUCGACCUCAUUCUCGUGCAAAAAUAUACGAAGGAGGUUGCGGACUCCCACGAGGUCUUGUUACAUGACAUGGCGUUGGAGCAUGCCCGACUCACCCCGAACGCACCUGCAAUCUGUUCGUGGGAUGGGAAUUUCACCUAUAGAGAGUUGGAUGAUCUCACAUCUCGUCUUGCUUUCUACUUGACCAAUAUUGGUGUUGGUCCCGAGACUUUCGUGCUCAGUUGUUUUGAAAAAUCAUCCUUUGCGAUUAUUGCUCGUCUGGCGAUUUUGAAAGCCGGCGGGGCGUAUAUAUCCAUUGACGCUACUGACCCUCCUAUCUUCCUGGACUCGGUCAUCAAUCGCGUUAAUGCUAAAAUCAUGCUCACAUCCCCUGAAUAUGCAUCAAACUAUGGAUCCCUCAUCUCAAACGUCAUUUCGAUUACAGGGGAUAUGCUAAAGGAGCUUCCCACAGGACCCCUGUCUUCCACAGUCCAACCAGGGAAUGCCUGUCUGAUUCUAUUCACCUCCGGUAGUACGGGCCAGCCCAAGGGCAUCAUCCAGGAACAUCGAUCUUAUGCCACAGCAAUCCGCGAUUACAACAAGGUCCUCGGUCUAGGCCGACACAGUCGUGUAUUCCAGUUCGAUGACUAUGCAUUUGACAUCAGUAACAAUGAUUACCUGACUGCUUUGGCUGCCGGUGGCUGUUGUUGUGUUCCGACACCUGAAAAAUCCAUAUCUGGUUUGAUUGAAAAUAUCAACAUCACGAAGGCCAAUAUGAGCUUCAUGACUCCAACAAUUGCCAUUCAACUCAGCCACAAAGAUGUCCCAUCGCUAGAGCUCCUUUGUGUUGGCGGCGAGCCUAUGUCAAAUGAUCUACUCAUGAAAUGGGGUCCUCAUGUGAAGCUUGUAAAUCAGUACGGAAUGGGCGAGGCAGCUACCUUCUGCGCAUACAACGACAACCCCAAGGCAGGUCACAAUGCCGUUGUUGGCAAAUCUGGUAGUGGUGCUAUUUGGAUUGCGAAUCCUUCUUCGCCUGAGCGACCAGUGCCUGUCGGCGCUGUUGGCGAGAUCUUGAUCGAAGGACCCCAUCUCGCCCGUGGGUACUUGGAUGACCUCUGCCAGAAACCAGAUGUCGGAUUCCUCCAAACAGUCCCUCGGUGGAUUGCGGAUCUCCACCCAUCACGAGCACAAAGCUCUCGCAUCUAUCGGUCCGGUGAUCUGGGUCGAUACCGCCACGAUGGAACAGUUGAGCACAUGGGUCGAAAGGACACGCUUCUCAAACUCAACGGUGGUCGUGUUGAGUCCACCGAAGUGGAGUAUGUCCUUCGAAAGACCCUUUCACCGGGCGAUCUUACCGUUGUUGAUAUGCUCGGCGAGAUUGACGGUACCGAUGAUCCCAUCCUGGUGGCCUUUGUUUACCUGGCAGACAACCCAUCAAACCUUAUUCCAGGAGUUUCAGACCACGAAAUGUCGUUCCUUCCGAUAACAAAUCGUGUCCGAGUGAACAGCCUGGUGGAGGCGAUGCAGAAUGAAGUCUACACCACUCUGCCAAAACACAUGAUGCCGAGCUUGUUUCUCCUUGUCGACCGAAUCCCUCGUACAAGGUCUAACAAGCUUGAUCGCAGAAAGUUACAUAAAAUCGCCCAGGAGUGGUAUAUGGAGAACCGAUGA